CCCCCAUCCUGCCUUCUUCCUCUUGCUCUCAUCCUUGACUCCGCAUUGUUUCUCUCUCUGUGAGGCGAAGGCAGCAAGGGCAGCUGCACGCAACACCUGGAUCCAUAGACGAAGAGUGGUGGUGGCGCGGCGCUGGACCCUCACGAGGCUCUUUGAUGCGCACGGCUUUCGGCUUAUCGGGCUCAAAAUCAGUCCCAUUUUACUUUCAAUCUCCACCCUGGCCCGCGACCUCUGUUGGAAGAGAAGAUGGCGGACUUUGACACUGAAAAGGAGGUCAUGCUGUCGAAAGCCUCGUCUUCGACGAGCAAGGGUAACGCUGCGAUCAUGUCGGCACAGUUCAAGAUCGGAGGCAUGACGUGCGGGUCUUGUGUCGAGACCAUCGAGCGCAUGCUGCGUCAGCAGGAUGGGAUACACAGCGUCACGGUCGCUCUCCUUGCCGAGAAGGGCGUCGUGGAAUACGACGAUUCAAAGUGGACGCCUGCCAAGAUCGCAGAGGAGAUCGAGGACAUGGGCUUCGAGGCCGAGGCCCAGGCGGAGCAGCGAGAGGACUCACAGGUUUUCAAGGUGUACGGCAUGACAUGUGCCUCGUGCACCUCUGCCGUCGAAACAGGCAUUGGCAAGAUGGAUGGCGUCGUUUCGUGUGUCGUGUCGCUCGCUACCGAGGAGGCUCGCGUCGAAUUUGAUGCGGCCAAAGUCGGCCUGAGAGACAUUGUCGAGGCCAUUGAAGAUCUCGGCUUCGAUGCUGUUCUGGCCGACGAUCGCGACUCGACGCAGCUUCAGAGCCUGAGCAGGGUCAAAGAAGUGGCCGAGUGGCGGCGCGCCUUUACCUUCUCCCUCUGCUUCGCCGUGCCCGUCUUCAUCAUCUCGAUGAUCCUGACAAAGUUCCACUCGACUCGAGCCCUCCUCAUGUGGCAACUCCUGCCCAAUCUCUACCUGCAGGACUUGCUCUGCCUCGCCCUCACCACCCCUGUCCAAUUUGGCGUGGGCAAGCGAUUCUACGUGACGACCUUCAAGGCGUUAAGGCACAAGAGCGCCACAAUGGACGUCCUCAUUGUCCUCGGCACAACGGCAUCGUACACUUACAGCUUCUUUAGCAUGCUCUUUGGCCUUUUCUGCUCGGGCGAAUGCAUGAAGCCGGCGACUUUCUUUGAGACGUCGACGAUGCUCAUCACGUUUGUCACCUUUGGCCGCUAUCUCGAAAACGCGGCAAAGGGAAAGACGAGCGAGGCCCUGAGCAAGCUCAUCAGCCUCACACCCAGCACCGCCGUUGUAUACACCGACGGAAAGGCCAUGACAGCCGAGCGCAAGGUCCCCUCUGAACUCAUCCAGCGAGGCGACAUUGUCAAAGUCGUACCAGGCGAAAAGAUUGCCGCCGACGGCAUCGUCGUUCGAGGCUCGAGCACCGUUGACGAGAGCAUGGUCACGGGCGAGGCAGUGCCCAUCACAAAGACGCCCGGAAGUGCAGUCAUCGGUGGUACAGUCAAUUCGCUGGGAAGCUUCGACUUCGAGGUCACGAGAGCGGGCAAGGAAACGAGUCUGAGCCAGAUUGUCCGAUUGGUCAGUGACGCCCAGACAGACAAGGCGCCUAUCCAGGCCUAUGCCGAUCGUGUUGCAGGGGUUUUCGUGCCGUCGGUUGUCCUGCUCGGCGCUGGUACUUUUCUUUUCUGGAUGGUCACGGCCCACGUCUUUAACCUUCAGGCGUUGCCUGACGUCUUCCGGGAAGAGGGUGCGACAAAGACAAUGGUGUGCCUUAAGUUGUGCAUCAGCGUCAUUGUCGUUGCAUGUCCAUGCGCGUUGGGCCUCAGCACCCCCACAGCCGUCAUGGUUGGCACGGGCGUGGGAGCGCAGAACGGUAUCCUCAUCAAGGGCGGCGGACCACUGGAGGCCAGCCAGACGAUCGGCCACAUCAUGUUUGACAAGACAGGCACCUUGACGAGGGGCAAGCUUAGUGUGGCAGCCCUCUGCUGGGGUGACGGAACGAUUUCAGGAAGUUCGUCAGAACAGCGCAUCGUCGCGGACGGAGACGAGGCCAAGGCGUCGUCCCCAGUCGUCUUCCUGAACGACUUGCAGCAGGCAUCGACGGCGGGGCUCUCGAGACGGCAGGCGUUGCAAGCCAUAGGAGCAGCAGAAGGCCGGAGCGAACAUCCGCUAGCCAAGGCCACGUCGCACUUUGUGAGCGCCUCUUUGGGUCAAGCUGAAGGGCAAGAUCCGUCGGUCUCGGAGUUUGAGAGCAUUACGGGCCAGGGUAUCCGUUGCCGCGUCACCCUCUCGCAACACAUCGGCAGUACUUCGCACCGCAUCAAGGUCGGCAAUCUCGAUCUCGUCUCCAGCACCCAAGGCGCAGACUUCCCGGCUGCCGUACACCUCUUCCGAGAGCAGCAGGAGGGGCUCGGCAGAACGGUCGUGUAUGCGACGAUCGACGGAUCGCUGACUUGUGCCAUGUCGUUGGCCGACAUGCUCAAGCCAGAAGCUCGACAGUGCAUCGAUGGCCUUCGCAAGAUGGGUAUCCGAUGCGGCAUCAUGACAGGCGACAGCCAGGCGACGGCUCUGGCCAUUGCAAAGGAGCUUGACAUUGACACAAGUGACGUCCACGCUGGCAUGAGUCCCAACGGCAAGCGAAGUGUCAUCGUCAAGCUGCGCGAGCAGGCUGAGACUCGUGCCAGCCAUGGUGGACGCGGUUUGCCGCUGACAGGUGCCUCUCGGCGGCAGAAGCCCGGCAUCGCCAUGGUCGGUGAUGGUAUUAAUGACUCACCCGCUCUAGCCGCUGCUACGUUGGGCAUUGCCGUCGGGACAGGAUCGGAGAUUGCCAUCGAGGCGGCUAGCAUCGUCCUCAUGCGCGACAAUCUGCUCGACGUAGCUGCUUCCCUGCACUUGAGCCGACGCAUCUUUGCCCAGAUUCGCGCAAACUUCGUCUGGGCCACGGCCUACAAUUUCGUUUUUGUUCCUUUGGCCAUGGGCGUCGGGUUACCGUGGGGAGUCCACCUGCAUCCAAUGAUGGCAGGCGCGGCUAUGGCGUUCAGCAGCGUCAGCGUCGUCCUGAGCAGCCUCACGCUCAAAUGGUGGGCGCGACCAAGCUGGCUCGUGCGGCCUCUCGACGGUGCGGAGGAUCAGAUGGGCGCGCUUGAAGGCGACGAUGUCCAGUCGAUGGGCUUUCUCAACGACGAAUCGCACACGGCUGCAAAGUGGUGGACCUCAGCGCGCACUUGGAUCGGAGGCUCGGCGAGGGCCGGCAACCGUGGCGUUGGAAGCAGCUACCAGAGCGUGCCCGUCGAGUUGGCAUGAUGCUUAUUCCUGGCUGGGUCUCUUCAAUUUUAUACCUUCAUUUUCCAAC